UGGGGCGCUCCGGGGCUAGGGAACGGCGGGGAGGAGCUGCCCUGCUAGUCCCGGAGAGCUUUAAAUUCAACCGCGCUGGGGCCGUCCGUGCAGUCUUACCUGCCAGUGUGCAGCUAGCGCACUCCCUCUGCGCUCCCGGGAACUAUUGUCUUCUGCUUUAAGUGGGCGAUGCUGUUGCUUAAUUGCAACCUGGAGGAUGAUGGCCUCAAGAAUUUGCUGGAGACAGGAGCGUCGGUCAACGCACCCCCGGAUCCCCAUGAGCAGUCGCCUGCUCACCUAGCUGCCGGUGGCGGCCUUGCUUGCUUUCUUCUCUGGCAGUUGCAAGUAGGCGCUGACCUCAACCAACAGGAUGUUCUGGGGGAGACUCCACUGCACAAGGCAGCGAAAGUUGGAAGCCUGGAAUGCCUUAGCCUCCUUGUGGCCAGUGAUGCCCAGAUCAACUUAUGUAAUAAGAACGGGCAAACAGCUGAAGAUCUUGCUCGGUCGUGUGGAUUUCCAGAAUGUGCCAGGUUUCUAACGACGAUUAAAUGGAUGCAGUUGGCAAAGUCAUCGUGUGACCCCCGUGCUCCGGUGCUCAGACAGAAGCGGAGUGUGACAGGUGUAGAGAACAGAGCUCUGAAGAGGAAGUGCUGAUACCUUGUUGGGCAAGAGGCCUGAGGAAGGGCUUCACUUCAGACAGAUCUACAAGCCAUGGCUGUGGCUUACCAUACAGACAAACUCCUGAGGAGGAAAGCUUUCUUCUAAGUGAAGAGACACUCAU